AUGGCACCCUUUAACCGCGCAUGGAAGGCUCUAUCCGACAUGGAAACGAGGGCAAGCGUGGGCUUCGACACCGCCGCUGGGGAGUUUCGCGAGGUUCACGGCCGGGGCCGACCGAGCAACCAGUUCACGAACCAAACCCGUCUGCGGGGUUGA